CGAGCAGGUCCAGCGGCGUCUAAACUUAGGGGUAGUUUGUUUUUUUUUUUGAAAAACCAAUGCCUUCCUUUCUCUGAUGGAUAAACAAGCGGCCACGGUGGUUCCACAACGGCACUUUGCACGUUGUGGGGGCACAGAACCUAAAAGCGAAGAAAAUAGAAGCAGAAAGAACGAAUGAAGAGUAACGAUGGAUCACUACAGGGUAUUGGGUUUAAGCAGAGAGGCAACAAGAGAUGAAAUAAAGGAAGCCUUUAGAAAACUAGCUGUAAAAUAUCAUCCAGACAAGCAUUCUCAAUCCCCAAAGACUGUGAGAGAAGAUGCAACUCUCAGAUUCAAACAGGUUUCUGAGGCGUACGAGGUUCUCGGUGACGAUCUGAAACGAAGCCAUUACGAUUUUCAAUAUAAAAAUUAUAAUAGUAAUAAAUAUGGUCGCUCUUACAGUAAUUAUGGGUAUGGGUAUGGGUAUGACAACACGCGCUCAGCCUCUGCCUCUGCUGCUCCCUACGGUGAUGGUGUUGUUUCCAAGUUUGAGAUUGCGAUUCGGUAUAUGACUACUCGCGCCUUUCUUCUCAAUUGCGCCUUCGCCGGUGCUUUAGUUGGUGGAAUAUAUGUAAUUGAUAAGUGCAGAGAGGAAAUUUGGAGAAUGCAUAACUCUGGAAAAUCAUUUGAAGAGGCCAUGGAGUCAAUUGAAAAAGCUAAAGCUCAUAAAGAUAAGAUUUGAAAUUGCUGGAAAUCUAAUUGAUUGCUUGCAUAUUGCUACCGGAGCUGAAGAAUUUUCUCCGAAAAUAACUGGAGCACCACAGUCAUUGGGCUGCAGAGUUGUGGUAUUUUUCACUGUGCUUUUUCCUUUUUAUCUGUGUUUAGCUUCUUGAUAAAACUCUUUCUUCUGAUGCAUAAUAUAAUGUAUUUGUAUGCUCAGAUGUAAAUAUGUUCUGAAUCUGAAUGAAUCAAGGUAUAAGCAACUAAUUGAAUAGAUUAAUUUAUUGUA